UGAUGUGAAUGAGAGCUAUGGAAGCACCAUUAUGGGGAACUUGUUGAGGGUUGCGAAGGAGGAGGAGGGGAAGUGAGUGGUUACUCAUUUGGAAGCGAAUCGCGUGAUGACUGGUUAUUAUCUGCAGAAGAGUUUGUUUGAUUUCAUUGAUGUUGAUUCGUUUGGGAGGGAUUCUUCUUUCUUGAGAUCUGUUAUGAGUGCUUUGAAGCUUGGUGGUUUGCUCUAUGUUACUUCAACUGAUGGCUAUUCUUCUGGUGGUUACCGUCCUCAUCGUUUUUUAGCUGCAUAUGGAACCUAUGUGCACCCUAUGCCAUUUUCGAAUGGGAAUGGUUUGCGAAUGCUUAUAGGUGGGGCGGUAAGGGAGGCUGCAUUGUUGGGGUAUUCCAUUACUCCAUUAUAUUCGUACUAUGCUUGUCAUGGACCUGUUUUCAGAGUCUUGCUCAGAUUAAAUCGUGGGAAGAUUUAUGACAGCAGGCAUUAUGGUUAUAUUGGGUUUUGCCACAAGUAUGGAAAUUCCCAUGAAUUUUCUUGGGAUCAGCUUGGUCAGUUCAGUUGCUCCUGCAGUAUGCCACAGACAACACAUUCUGAACAAAUCAAACUCCAAAUCCUGGUCAACAGGAAAACCUAAUCCAGUACUUCUUCAACGCAAGCAGUGAGGUCAUCUCCUUCCUCGCAACAUCCACAGCUCCUCCCGCUUCCAACUACACAUAAACCUGAAACACGCUACAGGGACAGGUGCUGCAGGGGUGACGAAUACCCACGAAAUUAAACUCCUCUCCAUUGCAUACUCCAUCACGACGUUCUGUGACAUCAGCGAAAUUGAGCAGCUAGAGUAGAAUACAGAUGAAAAAAGUCUCACAAAGGAAGGGCCACGAUUAAAGACAUCAAAUGAAGAAGAGAGAGUCAAAUGGACGGCUGAGAUUGGAAGUUCUUUUAGGAAUAGUGAUUUCUUGUCUUUCUUUUAAGGUGUAGUAGAUAAGUGAAUGAUUAAAACACAUAUUUAACUCAUUUUGGUGUAUUAAAUUACUCUCACAAUUCCGA